AUGGAGAUUGCUUCGACUUCGAGGACGUUGCACUUGUUUCCGACAGAACAGAGAUUCAAAAUCAAACGUCUUGGUUGCAAGCUUAUCGAUUUCUCAGAUGAUGUCUCGUCUUUACCCAUAAACCCUAAUAAGUCAGCGAUUUUGAGUCGAACCUGUAGAAAUCUCAAGGAGGAAGAAGAAGAAGCACCGAACAUGAGACAAAAGAGAACAGUCGAACAGAACUCAACUACUAAGGUAUAUUCGGUAUUUCAAAACCCUAACGAAACACCUUCGAUGUCGAAAAUCACAAAACCGGUGGAUGCGAAAUCUGUUGCGCUUUCGAGAAUACGUCUUCAUCACGAAACAAGGACGAAACCUAUUGAUGAAGAGACUGAGAAGCAAGGUUCUAGUUUGAGAGAUUUGAUCGCAAAGGCGAAAAACAAAGUGCAGGAAAAGAGGAAGCUUGAUGAUCGAAGGGAAUACAUCGCAAGGAAGAGAUUAGAAGCUCGUCUAGCCAUAAACCAGGUUGUGCCAACCGUUGUUGCCGAUGAUCAUCUCAAGUAUCACUAUGAACUGGAACAACUUGGCUGCACAUUCAUUCACGAUCAAGUCACUUGCUUGACCAAGUUCAGGUUCUUGUCAAGAAGUGAUCUUUACAUUGAUGAAUCAUCUACUUCUUCUGUCUUGGAAGAAGAAACCCAACUCUUACGGUCUUAUGGAGAUUCAUCGAGACAGAAACAACAGAGAUCAACAGAGAGUUCCUUGGAAGAGAGGAAACACAGCAACUGUCAAAGCUCAACAAUUGAGAGAAUCCAAUGA